AUGGCGUUGCCACUUGUCGCUACCUACCUCAACUUUGUACAUGACUCGGCCAACUCUUCUGACCACUCACGCUUCCAUCCAUGGAACACGGGUUGGUCUGUAGUCACGAGCAAACACAGAACAUCCCACUUCGUACGUGGAUUGCUUUUCAAACUUAGUCCGUUCUGGUGUUGGUGCAUUACUUGGAUGCAUCAGGCUGUGGAUCGUCUUCGGUCUUCUUCCUACGAGGAUCUCUGCUGGGGACUUUCGCUCCAGCAACAUCUCAUUUGGUGUUGUUCGGUAUAC